GGCGCCCGUCGCCUGGUGCCAUUUGUUGUUGAAGCUGCGCACCUGACGCAGUCGACGGCGUCCUGCACGUGCAGCCGUUUAAGCGGCGUCCGCGCCUGCGAGGGCCCCGGGGGAGCAAGCGGCGGAGAGAUAAAAAUAGAACUGGAAGCCACCAUGGGAGAUGAAGAUUGGGAAGCAGAAAUAAUCAAACCUCAUAUGUCUUCUUAUGUUCCUGUAUUCGAGAAGGAUAGGUAUUCUUCUGGAGCAAAUGGAGACACUUUUAACAGGACUCGAGCUUCAUCAUCAGAAAUGGAUGAUGGACCUUCUCGAAGAGAUCAUUUCAUGAGAAGUGGAUUUGCCUCUGGAAGGAGUAUGGGAAACAGAGAUGCUGGAGAGUCUAAUAAAAGAGAGAAUACAUCCACAAUGGGUGGUUUUGGAGUUGGAAAGAGUUUUGGAAACAGAGGUUUUUCAUAUAACAAGUUUGAAGAAGGUGAUAGCUCUGGUUUCUGGAGAGAAUCUAAUAAUGACUGUGAAGAUAAUCAAACACGGAGCAGAGGGUUUUCCAAGAGAGGCGGCUAUCAAGAUGGAAAUGAUUCAGAGGCUUCAGGGUCAUCCAGAAGAGGUGGAAGAAGUAGUUUCCGAGGUUGCCAUGGAGGAUUUGGUCUAGGAAGUCCAAAUAGUGAAUAUGAACAAGAUGAGGGGACACAGCGCACUGGUGGCCUUUUUGGUUCUAGAAGACCUCUUUUAUGCAUUACAGGUAAUGGUGACACUUACCAAAGCCGAAGUGGCAGUGGAAGUGGACGAGGUGGUUACAAAGGUUUAAAUGAAGAAGUAGUAACAGGCUCCGGAAAAAAUUCUUGGAAGUCAGAUGCUGAAGGAGGAGAAAGUGGUGACACCCAAGGACCGAAGGUGACCUACAUCCCGCCACCUCCACCCGAGGACGAGGACUCCAUCUUCGCACACUAUCAGACAGGCAUCAACUUUGACAAAUAUGAUACUAUUCUUGUAGAAGUAUCUGGGCAUGAUGCGCCACCAGCAAUUCUGACUUUUGAGGAAGCUAAUCUCUGUCAGACACUGAAUAACAACAUUGCUAAAGCUGGUUAUACUAAGCUUACUCCUGUGCAAAAAUACAGUAUUCCUAUUAUACUAGCAGGACGAGAUUUGAUGGCUUGUGCUCAGACAGGGUCUGGAAAGACUGCAGCUUUUCUCUUGCCAAUUUUGGCACAUUUGAUGCGUGAUGGAAUAACAGCCAGUCGUUUUAAAGAGCUGCAGGAACCAGAGUGUAUUAUUGUAGCACCAACUCGAGAAUUAAUCAAUCAGAUCUAUCUGGAAGCCAGAAAGUUUUCUUUUGGGACCUGUGUAAGAGCUGUUGUUAUAUAUGGGGGAACCCAGUUGGGGCAUUCAAUUCGACAAAUAGUACAAGGCUGUAAUAUAUUAUGUGCUACUCCUGGGAGACUGAUGGAUAUCAUAGGUAAAGAAAAGAUUGGUCUCAAACAAGUCAAAUAUUUAGUUUUGGAUGAAGCUGAUCGCAUGCUGGAUAUGGGUUUUGGACCAGAAAUGAAGAAGUUAAUUUCCUGCCCUGGAAUGCCAUCAAAGGAACAGCGUCAAACCCUUAUGUUUAGUGCAACUUUUCCAGAAGAAAUUCAAAGGUUGGCUGGGGAGUUUUUAAAGUCGAAUUAUUUGUUUGUUGCUGUUGGACAAGUGGGUGGAGCAUGUAGAGAUGUUCAGCAGACCAUUCUCCAAGUUGGCCAGUACUAAAGAGAAAAACUUGUUGAGAUUCUACGAAACAUAGGUGAUGAAAGAACUAUGGUUUUUGUUGAGACUAAGAAAAAAGCAGAUUUUAUUGCUACUUUUCUUUGUCAAGAAAAAAUAUCAACAACAAGUAUUCAUGGUGACCGAGAACAGAGAGAGAGAGAGCAAGCUCUUGGAGAUUUUCGCUGUGGAAAGUGCCCAGUUCUUGUUGCUACUUCAGUAGCUGCCAGGGGGCUGGAUAUUGAAAAUGUUCAACAUGUUAUCAAUUUUGAUCUUCCUUCUACCAUUGAUGAAUAUGUUCAUCGAAUUGGACGUACUGGUCGUUGUGGGAAUACUGGCCGAGCUAUUUCCUUUUUUGAUCCUGAAUCAGAUAGCCAUUUGGCACAGCCUUUAGUGAAAGUACUGUCAGAUGCUCAACAGGAUGUUCCUGCAUGGUUGGAAGAAAUUGCCUUUAGUACAUAUGUUCCUGGCUUCAGUGGUAAUGCAAGAGGAAAUGUGUUUGUAUCAGUUGAUACUAGAAAGAAUUACCAGGGCAAGAGCACUUUGAACACAGCAGGGUUUUCUUCUUCACAAGCUCCCAGUCCAGUAGACGAUGAGUCAUGGGAUUAAAGCUAAAACAUCCUUCAAGUUUGUGGUAUAGUUUUGAUGCAGAGAAUAAAAUAGUUUUGAUUUUUGAGUUUUUAACAGAAGUGUGAAACCUGACAUUCUUGUAUCUUCUGUCCUUCUGUUCUUACUCCCACCCUUAAAAAAUAUUCUUACUGACUAGUUAUGUGAAAUGCUAAAAAUUACAACAUUGCAGUUGCUGAUACAAAUGGUGUUAACUGGAAAGAUUAAAGCAUUCUAAAUGUCUUGCUUAUUUCUACUGUAUUCUUCAGGGGUUUUAGACAUGUUUCAUGUCUAAAUGCUUAAUCUUAGUGUGGUGUUUAUUGAUCCUAUAACAAGCAGUAGGAUUUAUGAUAAACUUUUGUUUAGAAAUUACUGAGUCUCGUUUUUUGCUUAAAAGGAGCCUUUAAAGCAAUAGUAUGUCACUGAAACAUGGUAACAUGAUUUUCAUGUAGCAGACGGUGAAAGACAUAAGCCUUUUAAGGUGAUUUUGGUUUUAGAUCAUUAGAUAUGUGAUGAAAAUGGUUAAAUGCAAUGUGAGCUCUGUACUCAAUGACAUAACAAAUGUUUGUUUUUAUUCUAUACAGACUUUCCUUGAAAAUAAAGGUUGAAACAUGUUUCCCCCUUUGUUUUCCAAGAGCACUUUUAAUUUUUCUUUGUUGGCAUAUCAUAGUUCUCCUAUAUUUUGAAAUUUUGAGUCUUGUAAAACCAAUGAAGUGAACAAGGUAUUACAUAAAUAUACAUAAAUAAAACAUUAGAUAUUUA